CUUUGAUGAAUCGAUUUUGUCCCAUCCAAGAUACCGAUUCCGAUUUCGAACUCCAAAUCCAAAUCCCCGGAAACCAACAUUUCCCGAUUCGAAGAUGAAAGUCGACGAGAUAACGUACCAGAAUCUCAUUAUGCUCCUCCUCCAGUUUCUCGACGAAGAGAAUUACAGAGAAACUCUACAUUCAUUGGAGCAAGAGUCGAAAAUUUUCUUCAAUGUGGACUAUUUUGGGGAAUGCAUUAUCAAUGGCAAAUGGGACCAGGCAGAGAAGUAUCUUGCAGCGUUUACUGAGCUGGAUGAUAAUUUAUAUUCCAGGAAAUUGUUCUUUGAGUUGCGAAAGCAAAAAUACUUUGAGGUCCUGGAAAGGAGUAAAAGGAAAGACAGGAAUCAAGAGACUUCAAUAUUUUCCUUCCUUACUUAUCUUGGAAACAGAGGUAUUCUGUUUGCUUUAUUUUCUUUAUCUUGUUGUGGCUGUAUGAUUGCAGGAAUGAUGACCCUGAGGCUGUAAAUAUUCUCUGGAAGGAUUUGAACAUGUUUUCAGUUUCUCAAGAGAAUGAUUUAGCUAAGCUUUCUUCAUCAGAUAGUAUAAGGGUGAAUGUGCAACUAUCUGUACGUAUAGACACUCCAUCAACAAGGGUUGAACUUCACAACGAUCUGAAAGUAUUGCUGAAGCUAAAUCCUAAGUUGCAACAUAAACUUGUUUUUCCCAGACUGGAAAAAUCUGGACUUUUGUCACUAAUCAAACUUAUAUGCCGCAAUCCAGAAAGUAAAACGAGAAGUGUAAAGGAGGAACUUAUUUACUUGAUACUUCAGUUUCUUGAGGAAGAAAAGUUCAAUGAGACAGCUCACUUAUUGGAGCAAGAAUCAAAGAUCUUCAAUCUGGAUUAUUUUAAGCAGCAUGUGAUUAAUGGUGAAUGGGAUAAGGCUUAUAAAUACCUCUCAGCAUUCACAAACAUGGACAAUGAUGAAUGCUUGAUGAAUAUUUUCCUUGAGAUGCAAAAACAGAAAGAUUUAGAAGUUUUAGACAGGACCAACUUUCUCCAAGAUCUUGAAAACAUAGUGGAGAAAAAUGCUACUUGUCGAGAUAAACUCAAGUUUCCCAAUAUGGAUAAAUCAAGACUCUUAACAAUUAUCAAGCAGAGUUCUGUAGUAUGGAGUGGUGGGUUCCACGUUAUGCCCAUGUGAGGCCAAGAAAUGAGACCAUUUCACUUGAAAGUAUUCCCAAAGUGUCAAACCUUUUCCACGUUGAGUCCCCAAUUAUUAGUGAAUACCACGAUCAAGUAGUCCCAUUGGAUCAAAGCGGCUAUGAGUCUCGAGAACUGACCUGCUCUGCAACGGAUAAAUCUACUAUUUGUGAGUUAACUGAGAUAAAUGAACCAUCUGAAUGCUAUACACUGGUGCUCCCUGAUGAUUCAUUGGCAGAAAGGGUUGCUAGGUUGAUCUAUUCAUAUUCUGGGGAUUCCAUCGUGGCAUUAACUGAUGAUGCUACACACAAACUACGGAUGUGGCCAAAUUAUCAGCAUUCCUCUGGGAAGGCAAAUGAAAAUGCACAGUCAUGGGUAUAUCAACUUUCCAAUGGAUUGACAAUGAACAACGAGAUUGGCAAACUUCCUUGUAACCCAUGCCUUGCACUUAAUGGCCCUUACCUUUUAUCAGCAUCUGGUGGAAAGAUCUCCGUAUUCAAUUUGGAUACAUUUGAGAAAUUAACAACAUUUGCAGAAACCACAUCCAGUACAUAUUUUAUUUUCCUUAAUCAAAGUACCUUGGCCUUUGGCUUUCAUGACUCUUCAAUCCUGAUUCACUGUUUCGUCACCAAAAUGAAUAUAGCGAAGCUUGAGGGUCAUCAAAGGCAAAUAACAUGCUUAGCCUUUUCUCAGGAAUUAAAUGUUCUUGUAUCAUCUGGAGCUGAUGCCCUGCUGUGUGUUUGGAAUGCAAAUGGGUGGCAUAAGCAAUCAAGUAAAUUUUUGCGGAGUCUUUGCACUGGACAGUUGCCAGACCCCCCUGUGGUGAAAUACAUCCAGUUUCAUCAAGAUCAGAUUCACCUGCUUGUUGUCAAUGAAAGGCAGAUAGACAUAUAUGAAGCGCCCUUGCUCGAUCACCAAAUACAGUGGAUUAUUCGAGAUUCAGAUGCUCCGAUCACAUCCGCUACAUAUUCUUGCAAUGGUGAGUCAAUAUAUGUUUGCUGCAGAGCUGGAUGCAUAAAGGUUCUUGUCUCCACAACACUUCAAGUUAAAUAUAGGAUUAAUCUAUCUAUCUCAGCACAAACUACUGCCUGUGUGCAGGUAUAUCCUCUCGUUAUUGCUGCUCAUCCAACUCAUCCGAAUCAAAUAGCUGUGGGGCUUAGCAAUGGUAGAGUCUACGUUCUUGAGCCCCAACAUUCUGGAGGAUGGAGAGCAACACUGUUGGAAGAUGACCAAGGACUAAAGCACCAGCAACAUUGAUAAGCUUUUGCGGAUAACAAUCAACUGCCAUUUUUUGCCAUUUUUUUGUAUGCUUGUAUACUAGGUGCUCCAGAAAUGGCUUCAAUUUCCCUUUUCUUGUUGGGAAAGUGUCAUUAGCCGCCAGUAAAUUAGAUGUAAAGGUUAAAUUUUUGUUAAACAGCUAUAUAUCCAAUUCAUCCGAAGGCUGAAAGCAUUCUUUACCUCAGUAAUCUAAUCUCCUAUCUUCAAUUGUAUUCUUCUUUUGGCCCAAAACUACUUGACAUAUAUAAUAUGCUAUUUUCUGCAUUUGGAUUUUCUGAAAUUGCAGAAAUGCUUGUAGUAAAUGUUGGAUAUUGAA